AUGGCUUCCGAAGAGCAGCCGGGCAAGCGGUCGAGAGCUGGGCCAGACUUGACGAUCGCCGUGGAUGAUGGGGAGCUGGAAGUGCAUUCGAUUAUCCUACAGCUGGCGUCUCCCGUCUUCCAAGGCAUGCUGAACAGCGAUAUGAAAGAGGGCCGUGGAGCAAGAAUCCAACUGCCGGGUAAAUGCAAAAGUCAGCUGGAGGCUUUUUACAAAUCCCUGCAGCUUUGCACCAUGGAGCCUCUAACCCUGGAAAACGUCGCCUUCCUGACCCAGUGGGCUGAUGAGUACCAGAUCGAGGCCCUGAAAGGCAAAUGCGAGGCAUUUCUGAUAUCCAACGCACCUAUCGAUGGUCCUGGCCUGCAGUUUGCAGUGAAGUAUGGCCUUCACGACCGCACGAAGCAGUGUCUCAAUGCAAUGAAGUCCAACGUCGAGGAGCACAUCGUGGAUUUGCGUGUGCUCACCACCAAGGAUUGUCAAGAAUACCUUCAGGAGUUCUGGCCCUUGAUCCUCAGCAAAGCCGGAUUCAUCGCUGGGGGCAUGGACCUGCCGCCUCCAGAGCAUGUGGCAAGCAUGUGGCCGUUUCUGGUCCGAGCUGUGCGCUGGCAGCCGAAAGUUGUACAUUUGGGGAGGAUCCUCAGAGAACUACCGUCCUUGCCUGAAGCUUUGUACACUGCCAUGCCAAGCGGCGCUCGUGUCGACUGUCGUGCUCGCGACUUAGCAGCUGAUAGGCUUAGAAAUGUUGGCAUAGAUCCUUCAUGA